ACAUUCGCAAUCUUGAAACUUUACGAAGAGCAGUGAAGGCACCACCGAUCCGUCCUAGCGUGUUGGUCGAGACUCUCAAACUAGCCUUUAACAGCGUAGGAAACAAGGUUUUUGAGUUUGUAGCAUAACGCCGAAGAAAUAAAUAUGAGUGUCUCUUUCGGUAAAUGUAAGUCCGUGCUAAUAACAGGGUCGAGCAGAGGCUUAGGACUACAAAUGGUGAAAAACUUGGCUAAAAGCAGCGACAGACCUGCUACUAUUAUAGCGACAGCUCGUAACCCGACUGCCUCAAUGGAUCUGCAAGAGCUCUCCAAAACCUACCCAGGUGUUCAUAUUGUACCACUAGAUGUGGUAAGCGAGCACAGUGUCAGCUCAGCCAUGGAGGAGGUCCGAUCCAUUGUGGGUUCCGAGGGUCUGAACUGUCUGAUCAAUAAUGCCGCUAUCAACAUCUCUACUGAUAUAAAUACUGUUUCUGUAGACGCCAUGAUGAAGACCUUCCAGAGCAACACGGUUGCACCACUCUUUGUCACAAAGGCCUUCUUGCCUUUGCUCCAAGCUGCAGCUGCUCAGUCUUCUGGGAUGGGCAUCCACAGAGCAGCAGUCAUCAAUAUGUCCUCCAUCCUUGGCUCCAUUCAGUCUAACUGGGGUGACAGUGCAACAUUUAAGAGCUAUGCCUACCGCACCUCCAAGGCAGCAUUGAACAUGGUGACAAGGUGUCUAGCGGCUGACCUGGGGUCAAAUGGAAUCCUCUGUAUUUCUCUGCAUCCUGGUUGGGUCAAGACUGAUAUGGGAGGGCCUAAUGCUGAUUUGACAGUGGAAGAGAGUGUCUCUAACAUGCUUGCUGUCAUCACCAAUCUCACAGACAAGGACCAUGGAGGAUUCAAGGACUACUCUGGAAAAGACUUACCAUGGUAAAGCAUAAUACAUCCAGCCAACCAACCAAUAAAUAAAUAACCAAACAAACAUAGUGAGAAAGAGAAUCAACUGUCUGUUCAUAAGCAACAUGAACACAAAGUGCCCUAAAUAUGAAUCACCAUACACAGUUAAGCAGAAAUGCAGAGGGGGGGCAAAUGAAUGGUUCUGCUUUAGUGUGUUGUCUGCAGACAUUGCCAUUCUUCCUAAUGGCCACAAGGGGUCAGAUAACUAAGAUUAACGGUGAACAAGUGAGGGAGCGAUUUGCUUCAAGGACCACAAGUUGCAGAGAUAACAACAAGAGCAACUUUGGUGAAGAAACUAUUGCAUUGUUGGAGUAAACAGGGCUUUAAAUCAACACCAGUAUACCAACCUGCCAACCACUUGGCAAAAUGAUUGUGAUAAUUGAGAAAAUCUGAUUGUUUUUCUAUAUGCAAACACAACCUAUACAUAAGAGCAAGAUGCAUUAAAUGGAGAAGAAGCUACCACAUGGUAAUACAGGUAGACAGCGUGUGUGUGGCUUAUAGUAAUUCAUACCUUGGCCAGUCUACCAGAAGGUUUAAACCUUUCCCCAUGAGAGCCCUUCAGACAAAAUGACUAGUCUUGACUAAAUGCUCACCACCCCAUUGGGAAAGCACUCACAUUAGGUGACAAGGUAAAGAAGAUGAAGGAUCAUACACCACUCCAUUUUGUCAUUCAAAUUCAUUUUCCCAUUUGCUUAGAUCUGUAAAUACAGCAAGGGCGGAAACUAAUCAGCAGCUAGCGAUAGCAGUAUUAUUGGAUGGCGAGAAAGCCUUCAAUAGAAUAGAAUGGCGAUGUUUGUUUUCCACACUUUCUAAAUAUGGGCUUAGACCUGUUAUCAUGAGAUGGAAAAAGCCACCACAUCAUGAAACAGUGGCAACUGUUAAAACAAAUGGUAUCAGGUCUAAACUGUUCCAUCUGGAUCACUCUACAUGGCAGGGCUGUCCAGCAUCAACAGCUGUAUUUAUUCUGGCUUUCAAACCCCUUGUUUGUAUUACAUAUCUCACAAGAAAGUAGUUGGCAUUUGUAGUGGUAACGAUGGCUUUAAAGCAACUCUUUUUGCUGAUGGCAUAUUAACAUCAGCAAAUCCAAAGUGGUUAUAAAGUAAAUCACAAUGAGAGCCCAAAAAAGUAUGAAAUAUGUAAAGGACCAUAGCAGUGAUUUUAAAAAUUUGGACAUGUUUACUACAGUUUACCCACAUUUUAAAUUUAAAGAAUUUUACAAAUCAUGUAGGUGUACCAAAUAUUUUACAAUUUAUAAUCACUAGGAGUCAUUGAUUAGAGGCCCAAUGAGAGAAUGUAGGCUGCAAGAAUGUGUAUGUUUGUAGGUUUCACACACUUCACUGUUAAUCUGCCAAUCUACAGUAUAGAUAGUAGGGGUUUAACCAAACUAUGAAAAAUGAAACUGUUCAAUACACAAUACACCCUACAAAGUGCAAUCUGAACAAUAUAUCUACUGUCUGAAAGCCAUACAACCAUAAAUUGAUAAAUUAAUUAAUAUGUUAAAAGUAUUUUCAUGUUUGUUUUAAAUUGUCUAUGUAGACUUUUACAUUAUAAAGAAUAUUUGUUAGUUUCAUAUUGUUAUCCCAAAAUCUCUGAAUGGAAAAAAAGUAUUUCAGCAAAUAAGACAAAAUACAGAGAACAUUGGAAACUGUAUUGUUUUUUCUCCCUAAUGUACAAAAAAAAAAAAACGAAAUGAAGACGAAAUUGUGACCCAAAAACUGCAAUACAGACCAAACUAUGAUUUUAUUGAACCGUUACACCUCUGGCAGACAGCUAUAGAAUAAUUAAGUCUUAUCAGAUGGGGAUCCCUGAGGCUGCACCUUGUCAAAUGCAGCCUAAAGUCUAUUCAUUUGGGGGUCCAUGACACCAAAGAGGUUGAGAACCACUGCCCUUUGUAAACUUUUGUUCAGAUGAAUUCUACACACAGUCAUUUUUAUAAACCACAAAGAAAGUCGGUUUCCUGGAGUCAAAUUUAGAUAAUCUGUCUGUUAGUCUGUCCAUCAGUGGUAUUGUUGAUGUUAUUUUAGUAGCAACAGUACUUACUUAAUUUAUAAGGUACCUUAAAAGAAACUAGUUGGAAGUUAGUUACUCUCUCUUAUGACUCACUUGUUCUGGUUUAGUUGUGUUCCCUACUGUAGCAACAUGGUUUUUGCCCAUCAUUCUUUUGAAUUGCAGUGCAGUGUUUUUAAAAAUGCCCAGCCAGUCUCAUGUUAUUUAAAAAGAAAAAAUCACUUAUUUUCACAUUUUGCUUUGUGCCUUUUUGACCAUGAUCUGUGCAUGUAGCUUUAGUUCUGUAAAAUAAUAACAAUAAUAUAUUAUUAUUGUUAUUAUUAAUACCUUUAAACUUAUGUUGAUCUUUAACUCCUUUUGCUUUUUACGUAAUGUUCCUCAUUUUUGCUUUAUAGUAGUGACUGAUCAUGUACAGUGUUGUUAUGUAAACAAUCAUCCACUGGGAGCUAAUAUUUUGUAUUUCAUCCAACAGUGUUUUUUCUUUGGUAUGCACUUAGGUGUCUCAAAAGCAUGUUCACUUAUUUUCAUGUUUUGAAUUUUUUUCCCUCUAACAACGUAUCAGACAAUGUGUGAAAAUGAAAAAUAACAAUAGGAAUAGUUCCCACAAGUAACCUGAGUGCUCCAACAUGUUACAAAGUGACGUUACCAUCAACACUGCUAAUUAUAGUGGUAAGAUGACGUGAGAUAUCUGGCACUAAAAAGUCAAGGAGGUUAUACAAUUUCCCUCACAUCUUCACUAUUGCCCAUUAUUGUCAUUUUUAAAAGUACUCAUUAAAUGUAUUAAAUGGAGUGUAAUAGGAGUGUAAUGCACUGAGCAAACAUGGUCUGGUAACUUUGCUGUAAAGUGAGAAAUUCUUAAAUGCUGCUGAUACAUAUUCUGUAUUUGACUGAAUGAAGAAAUAAAUUCAAGUCCAGUGC